AAUGUAUGCACAUGCUGUAACUUUCUUAAUGUUUACCCCUUAAAUUUUCAUUAUCUCUGUUUCAGAUCCUUAGGAGUUGGGACAAAAGUUGGUUAUAAAUUAUUUUCCCUUAACACUGUAGAUAAAGUUGAGCAGAUAUGUGAUAAUGUAAAUGAAGAUACGUGCAUUGUUGAGCGACUCUUCUCCAGCAGCUUAGUGGCCAUAGUUAGUUUAUCGUCGCCACGCAAACUCAAAGUUUGCCAUUUUAAGAAGAGUUCAGAGAUAUGCAACUAUAGUUACCCCAACACCAUCUUGGCUGUGAAGCUAAAUCGAGCUAGGUUAGUGGUGUGUUUGGAGGAAUCGUUGUACAUUCAUAAUAUACGUGACAUGAAAGUACUUCAUACCAUCAGGGACACGCCACCUAAUCCAACAGGCCUUUGCGCCUUAUCUAUUUCAAAUGACAAUUGUUAUCUUGCAUAUCCAGGAUCGAAUACUAUUGGUCAAGUCCAGAUCUUUGAUGCUCAAAAUUUGCAAGCUAAAACAAUGAUUCCAGCUCAUGACAGUCCAUUAGCUGCCAUUGCCUUUAAUGCCUCAGGUACGAAGAUUGCCACAGCUUCAGAAAAAGGAACAGUCAUUAGGGUAUUCAACAUCACUGAUGGCGCUCGGUUGCAUGAGCUUCGAAGAGGAAUGAAGCGAUGUGCUACAAUUUUCUCUUUAGCGUUCUCACCAGACUCUCUCUUCCUUAUUUCAUCGUCAAAUACAGAAACCGUACAUAUAUUCAAAUUAGAAGAAGUGAAAGACACGCAAAGAGUGGUAGUUGAAGAACAGCAAGGCCUCAUGGGGUGGAUGAGUAAGGCUGUGACGGCAUCUGCGAGUUACCUACCUGCUCCUGUCACAGACAUGUUAAGUCAGGGCAGAGCCUUUGCAACCAUCACUCUACCUUUUCAGGGAGUUCGGAAUGUUUGUGCCAUUACCACGAUCCAAAAACAACCAAGAGUGGUGGUAGCAUCUACAGAUGGAUACCUGUACAUCUACAAUCUUAAUGUUGUCGAAGGUGGUGAUUGUACUCUACUAAAACAACAUAGGCUUGAUGGAAGUGGUGAAAGUUGCACUCCAAGCAGCGAAAGUAGUGCAAUACCUGGACCUUAUCCUGGGGCUGCUAAGAAAACAGAACCAGUGAACACGACGGGAAGCAGCUAUGCGGGAGUGGUGAGGGGGCCUUCUGCUGGAGUCAUGACAGGUAGUACAUCAGCUGACAUGCUUCCAUCACUCAACCAGGAUUCAGACAAGAUGAAUGAAAUGGCAGCUGCUUGUGAAUCUCCUCCAAAGAGUGUCCUUAAGUUCGAUGAUGAGAAAGAGUUCCCACCAGUGUGAGCAAAUUUUUUUGUUUAGUAAAUAAAAAAAAUAUCUUUUAUAUUAUUAUUUUGGCCCUUUAUUGGUCAGAAUUUGGUUAACCUGAAGCACGGAAGUUUCUUUUGUAUUUUCUGAAUAGCAUUUAGGAUUUUUAAGGUAUGUAUUUUGACUGUUGGCUAUUCCUUUGUACAUUUGUAAUAUUGUGAUAAAGCCUUCCUAACAGAGGAAAUAUAUGUAAUAUUAGUAAUUAUAUUCACAGUAGAAUAAGACUGGCACUCAUGAUUUUAUAUUUUUUUCUUUACAUUUUUUCCAUAACAUCAGAAUGUUUGCAUUCAUUCAGAUUACAGAAAUAGCAAUGCAAGGUGACAUACUGGGAAGGAUUGCUCAAGUAUAGGUACUGAAAAUUUGCACACCUCGUGCUUUGUGAAAGGAUGUAAAUUAAGGUUUUUUUCAUUUUUUUUUACUAGGACAUACACAAGUCACAGGUAUAAAAAAUGUCUGUUAUUUAAAAAUAAACAUUGAAAACUUAAAGGGCUGUAGUGGCAUACUCAUUUGACAAUCAGCUUGUAGUAUUACAUGCUGUCAUACUUUGUAAAUUAUUCAUUGAUAAAGUUGAAAGUUCCCAUUUUACUGACUGGUUAAAAUAAGAAGAUACUUUAGAUGGCCUAACUAUACCAACAGUGAUUGUCAUUAUUAGAUAUUACUGUGAAAGCCAAGAUUCAAAAGUUGAUAUAUUUAUAAAAAAAAAAAAUUGUUGUUUUUACAGUAAAACAUGUUUCUGGUAUGAACCCAUUUAUCAUCAAUAGUCUUACUCUAUGGAAAUGGCUCUCAGUCACACUAACUUAAUAUAUCUUGAAAGAAGAAAGAUUUGAAUGCACAUGCCAAGCUAACUCUCCAAUGGCCAGGAAGGCAAGACAUCAUUCCUCCAAGGUAACUUUUCUCAAAGAGUUGGGAAGUACUGAAGGUUCGUGAUUAUGGAUCUGUAAAUUUUGUUCUGACAAACCUAUUCAUAAGAAAGUAGCCAGAAUCAUAAUUUAGGAAGAAGCGAUGAUGAGGAGUCUUGGAGGAGAUAAGUAGACCAACAUUUAAGAAGUCCAAUCCCUUUUCUAAGGACAGGCAGUAGGGCAGUAAUUGAAUCAUUCAGUAUUAUGGCAUUUCUGUAAAGUAAUCGAUUUGCCAUGGAAAACAAUCCCAACAUGGUACUCCCUCCAUGUGUUCAGGCGCAAAGGUAGAAUUUAAAUGAACACAUGCCUCCAUGUGUGCCAUGGCCAUGAAGGGUGAGUAUGUAAAGGAGGAAAAUGAUGGACUCAAAUCCUAUCAGAUGGUUUAAUAUGACACAGCAACAAUUAAUUCUAAGAACAAACAUUUAUUCAUAACACACAGGUAGGAUAUUGCAAAGAUGUGCUGACAGCUCCUAAGUGCCAGAUCUAAGGAUGGCCGAGAGCUCCAACUUAAAACCUAGGGAAAGAAAGAAAGAAAAAGUUAUUUAAUCUGGCAUGAAAACUUCAAAGGCCAGUGAUACUUAUAAGGCUAUGUAAUGUAAACUCUUCAUAUAAAAAAACACUUUUAAGGUAAUAAAAAUAAAAAAGUAUAUAAAAUCAGUCUUUUACAGAAGGCCAAUUUCUGAAGUUUAUUGAAAAAUGUGCAGGAGUUCUAGUAAGGUUCCAAAGAUUGGGAAAUUCAGCUACUUCUAAAGUCCUAAGUAUUGGUUCAUUCAAUUAACAAGUGCUUACCUGUCAAAGGGAUUAAGCAGCCAUCAUAUUAUAACUGAGACAACCAUGUAUGUGGUGUAAUGAAAUGAAGAGUUGGAAGAUUACCACUUCAGGUUUUGGAUGCAUAACAUUUAUACAUCCACAUUAGAGCACAAAAGAAGACCACUGAUUGAGGGACCAGUCCACACACACUGAGCAAGUUUGCUGAUGGAUAUAUUUCUGGGCCUUACGUUGAAGGGCAUUUCAAAUUUGGGUCUUCAUCCACAGAUGACAUGCAAGAGCUACUAGACUUACCCUCUGAGCCACACAAAUAUGUUGAGUCAUUAGUAAGGUAAAUAGUAUAUUUAGGAUGGAAAUAUUAAUCACAGUAUAAUAAAAUAAAGUACAAAAUAAUCUAAUAUUAAGCUCAGCAAAAAUAGUACUGUACCAAUAAUGAAAUGCUGAGACAGAAAUAGAGAACUGAUGGUAACCAUACUUUAAAAUGGUCAACAAAGAUUAAGGAAAAUAAAGUAACCAAGUAAUUUGUUGUCAUGGCUGCUUUGAACAAAAUAAAUAAAAAAAAAAAUCCAUGACUUGGGAAAUUACUGAAAAUACUACAUAUAGUAAUAAAGCUCUGGCAGAUGCACUAUCAACUCCAAGGUCAAAUCAAUUUUUGGAAAAUUAGGCUGUCAAGCCAAGCACUGGGACAUUCUGCCACUGAGCACUUCAGACAGUAAAAAGAGGGAAUUAGAAUGACUGGACAUCAAGCUACGAAGAUUCAGAAGUAAUAGAGUUUAAACAGCAAGAUGGAAAAAAGAAGUUGGAGUGGAGGUAGAACAAAGGCUAAAAAGUGAGUGAAGCUAAGGGCAGAGAAGAUGCUGCAACACCCUCAUUUUAAUGCCCACAAUGCAAUACUGAGAUACACAGAUGUCAUUACCCCCUACUGUGGACUGGUAGGUAAAAAGUUCUAAAUUAAUUGCACAAUACAGCAAGGUGAAGCAAGUUAACUCAUUUACAACCAUGCACAACACAUCCAGGUGAAGCAAGUUAAGUAAAAAAUUUUUGAUUAAAAUCAAAUGAAUGGCAUGUCAAAGUAUUGCUAUUGAUAAUCCUGGAAAGCAGAGCUGGUCUCAUUUGUCUUGUAAAGGAAUAAUGCCUUGCUUCCUGGACUUUUAAAGUGUGUGCUAGACAUGUGCAGUGGACCUUUCAAGAUUCAUCCUACCACCAAGUAGAUGUGUCUAGGGCAGUUUGUAGAGUAACUAUGGGUGAUUAGUAUGUUUGAAAACCAAAUUUGUAUUAAAUGGUAAUAGGGAGAUGCAUAGAUCAUUUCACAUACCCAGUUGUAUUAUAAAGCAAAAGAAAUUAUUUUAAUAUAGCUGUUCCAUAUUCAUAGUUUGGUUGAAUACUUUGACUGAGCAGCUGUAUAAAAUUGCAUUACAAUAGCAAUUUUAAGAACUCAGUGUUGUUGAAAUUUUAUUUCUGAAGAGUUUAGCAUGUCUUAUUAAAGCUAGAUAUUUUUAGAAUUUGGCUUCAAUGGCUUUGUUACAGUGGGAUUGGAUAGCAAUGUACCUUUCAUGUAAAUGUGCAUUUAUAUUAAGAAAGCAUCAUUUAUACUUCUAAACCUUUUGUAUUUCAAUUACAUUUUGUGUAUAUUAGUAUGAUUAUGGCUUGGCAUAAUUACGUAAUGGAAUUGUUAAAUCUGUUUGCUUAUUGUGUACAAAAAUGCUUUUUAUUCUGUAUAUUGUACAGUGUAUCAUGAUGAAAUAUUUGAGAUAAAGUUUAACUUCCAAAGCAUUGUUUUAUUUAUAUGUACUGAGGCAGACUUUUCUGGCAUGAAAAGUUGCCAAAUUAAAUUCUUCCCACAAAAAUUUCAUGUAAAUUGGCCCAAUGAAUUGCAAUAAGAUGAUUACUUUAAAUGGGGUAUACUUUUAUUACAUCAAUAUUGCUAGAGAUAGCUAUCGAUGAAAAUUCAGAUAGCUACAACCAUAUAACCUAUAUAAUCUGAUGAUUAUAUGUGUACUAGUAUUGUUGUAAGACAGUACAGUAUGGUAUAAAGUUGCAAGCCAAGAUUAAGACUGAGAAUUUUAAUUCUAUCUACUGCACAAAAACAACAAUGUACAGAUUGUGACCUAUAUGUUUUGGUGAUUAAAAGAUUUAAUAAACAUCCUAAAGGCUGUGAAUGUACAUAUGUGGUUGUAAAUUUAUGCAUUCAUGGCUAUACAAACUGAAAAUAGGUAGUGGAGCCUUGUACGUAUAGAAAUUUUAAAUUAAAUGCCUGGUAUGUUAUAACCACAUUCCAGUAGUAUUAACUAAAUCAUAACAUUAACUUAUCUGUAGAGGUGUUAAUCCUCGUAAUCUACUAGUACCAUGGUGCAGUAAUAAAACAUUGGGAUUUUUAAUAAAUGCCUUUUAUUGUAAGGCGGUCAUGAUGACAUGCACACCUUUCCAAAGUUCCUGAUUUAAAUUAUUUAAGAACAUUGCAACAUCAUUACCUUUUUAACAAAUGCCAUACUGACCUAGAAAUUUUACAAGAAUAACAGAAGUUAUUCAUCAUUAUAAGCUUGACAAAAUAUUUACAAGACUUAUAGUAUAUUUCUCUUGGUUCGUGUUUGAAAGUUAGGAAAUAUAGUUAAACUCAACUUGUUUAUAGUCUUUUAAGAACAUAUCAAAUUUUUUACGAGUUCUAUUUACUGUAAUGCAUUCUUCAUUUUAAAGUACUACACCUGUACUGUGAUCACUUCCACGUGUGCUCCCUUGUAGAUUACCAUACACACUUUUAAUGAUUCUAAGCAACUUUUUUACUUUGACAAACUUUCAAAGAACACCAUUUCUAGUGUGUUCAAGACCUAUGUGUAUAGUAUUUACAUAUUUUUGUAUUGUGAAAACUGGGGAGUACAAUGUUGAACAUUUUAUGUCAUUUGAACUGAGGUGUGCAUGCAUAGACUUCAACAUUACAAACCUGUACAUCCAUUAAAUUAUAGCAGCAAUACAAAUCCUUACUUUUGGCUUGCAAAGCCUGAUUGAAUAAAUAAUUGCUAAUCAAACAGCAUUCCAUCUUAACAAAAUGUCCUGAAGUGAUAAUGUAAGAAUUUUUUUUAUACUGACUUUUAAACUUUUCCUCACAGUAACUAAUUUAAUUAUCUAUCAUUGGCAUUUGGUGAAAGCUGUCUUUAAUUAGUAGGGUUCAUGCUUAACCUUAAACUGUAAUCAAAUUUAUGUAUGAUGGGAGGCAGAAUGUUAUGCCUGCUAAAAAUACCCAGUGUCUAUAAGGGAUAAAAUACCCUUCUUUCAAGUUUAUAAGGAUUGGGAAAUUCUCGGUAUAUGUACAUAAAAUGCUACUAAAUACAGGACUAGCCAUAUCCUGCAUUUUAAAAUUUGUAGCUUGAUGUUUACAGUGUCUUGUAAAGUAUGCCACUCAAAUAUAUGUUCAGUAUAGCAUAUAUAAAAUGCCAAUAGUAUUUGUUUUAAACAACUAUAAUAGUUUCCGUACUUUUUGUAAAUAUUAAUUAUAUGGAUCCUCUGUUGAACCAACUUACUCUCCCAAUAGUUACUAGUGAUAAAAUCACUUUCAGGUAACUUGUCUUACCAUGAAUAUUAUUUAUGUACUGUACUUUGUCAUAUAUUAAAACUCAGAUGUAAUUUGUUUUCAUUUUUUGAAAGCAACAAUACCAAUCAUACUAAUUGGCAGACUACUUUCAUUUUGGGCAUUUUUUUGCACUGUUCUGGAGAUAUGUUAGUGUUUCAACUUCAUUAAUCUACUGUUAAUGACAUUUCAGUUACUUUUAUUAGCUCUUUCCCAGUGUGUAUAUAGGCAAGCUUAUAGAUUUGGAUUUUGUAUUUCACAUGUGAAUGUGAAAAAAAUGUUAUGAUCUAUCGUCUACUUAAGUUCAACUUGCAUUUC